AUGGUCAAGGUGCGUGGCUGCGAUAGUUGCCGGUCGUCAAGGGUCAAGUGCGACAACCAGCGCCCCAUCUGCGGCCGCUGCUCCCGCCUCCAACGCCCCUGCACAGGAUACCGCGACCCAACCGACCUGAUCAUCGUCCAAGACGAAACGCAAUCCGGCCGAGCGAGCAGUGCACAAGAACGCAGUCCCCGCAGCGCCACCAUCGCCGACCGCGAAAGCGUCUCUCGCUCUCGAUAUGUCCCUCCGCAGCACUACACAGCCUGCCAGAAACUCCCCUGGAUGCGGAGUGAUCUUGCCAAUGAGCCCCGUCCUCGACUGCAUGAUAUUGCUGUUUCGAGAUUCUUCGCACACUACGUUCUCUAUCCGAAUCGGCAUGUCGGAGAUGAUGGCUAUCUUCCUGAUCUACCGUACUUCUAUUCACGCAGCUCAGAUGGCUCGACACUCCAGAGCGCCGUCCGGGCAUGUGCACUUGCAUCGUUUGCAAACGCCUCCCGUCAGUGCGAGCUCUCAGUCAGAGCUUGUCGAGCCUACGGACGGGCGCUGGAAACGCUGAAGGGGAAUAUUCUGGAUACGGCAGUGAUGAAGAGGGAUGAUACUUUGAUGAGUGUGCUUGUGCUGGACUUCUACGCCGUGUUGACUGAUAAGACGCCGGCGUUUCUGGGCCCGCAUUCGACUGCUAUUGCGGCGAUUCUGCAGGCGAGAGGGAAUCAGCAAAUCCGGACGACUGUUGGGUGGAAUCUUUUUCGCGUUGCGCAUCGACGGGUGCAACAUCGCAAGAUGUUCAUGCGGGCUCUGUCACAGCCUAUUGAGACGCUCUCCUGGUUCGAAGACACAGCACCCAGCCAUAUUGAAGCAAGGCUCGGUUACAACGGCUGCCGCAUCAUCAACGCAUGUCAAAGGGCCAAAGACAUCCUUGCCAGCGAAGAUCCAACCUCCGACCUCGUGAACAUGAUCGAAGAACUCCACACCAUCGCCAUCGAGACGAGCGCCUGGACGGACCUCCUACCGGAAAGUUGGCUUCCCUGGACUUCAUCGGAUAUGCCACACGACCCCGAGAGCACUUUACCCGACGACCUCAUACCCAGAACCAACAUCCAAUACAGCGACAUCUGGAUCGCCAACACCUGGAACUGCCACCGCACCUACCAAGUCCACCUGCACGAAACCCUCUUCGAAUGCUACUCCGCCCUCCCCUCAACCACACCCCCUUCCUCAGCACAGGACAAAAUCCGAGACGCCGUUCGUCGCCUUACUAAUGAUAUGCUCGACUCUAUACCCUUACUGUUAGGGGUCAAUGGCGAGAUGCAGUAUCAUCCCGAGCUGGGGUCUUAUUAUGCUUUUGGGGUGAUUGAUUAUGUGGGGAAGUCUGUGCUGGCGGGGGAGGAGCAGAGGGAGAUGGCGAGGAGGUUGGGUGGGAGGAUUUUGGAGGGGUGGAAGGGGAGGGGUGAGGUGAGGUGA